GUGAGAGCACCGCUGUCACCGCUCUCUCCUCUCUCUCCGUCUGUGUUUCUCUCCCUCAUUGUCCACAGACACUUUCUCGCCUCCUCUCUGAUUCCUCUCCCUCUCUUCAUCUUACGCUCGUGGUCCCUCUCCUCGCCCCUCCUCUCCUCUCUCUCUCUCUUUGCUUUCUUCCCCUCCUCUUUCUCAUCCCUCUCUGACUCUCUGUCCCAUAGGCAGAGAUAGGAUCUGUUACACACAGCAGCAGCAGCAGCAGCCACACCAAGAGCCCAGACCCCGUAGCCCAGGCUGACUCUCGUGCCAACCUCCGGUGGGAACAUCAGUGGGUGCAGGGGACUUGACAGAGCCAGCGCCAGGGAGUUAAUGCCACUCAGUGCUGCUGGAGGUGUGACACAGUCCCAGCCCCCUGCACAUUGAUUCACACAGGAUUAAGCCACUGCAUGAUGCUUCAGGCGGAGGGCCUGGCACAGCUGAUUUACCGUCCCUGUCAGACUUAACAUCUUUGGAGGCCUCCUCUGCCCUGCUCCUGUCUUCUGUGGAAGGACUUGUAAAAAAACAACAUCUGCCACUGCACCAACCAGAUCAACCAAAGGGAUGACUGGCAGUCAUCUGGCUCAGGAGUAAGAGAGGAAGCAAUGGGCUGGACUAUGACUCUAAAAGAUGACUUUGGGGUCAUUGCCUGGACGCGGCGAGCUGGGAACCACCUCAGCCUCUUCCUCCUCUUGUCUCUCUUUUCCUUCUCAGUCCAGUCAGACAUUGUGUUUCCUAAGGACCAUCACUUCUCAUGGAAAGCAGGCCAGUGGGGUCAGUGUAUCGGGGAGGAGUGUGGCUCUGGCGGAGUUCAAACAAGGACAAUAUGGUGCGUCCACAUGGAGGGCUGGACUACCCACCAUUCCCACUGCCAGCACAUGGACAAGCCAGACAGCCAGCGGCACUGCUUUAAGGUCUGCGACUGGCACCAGAACCUCUUUGAGUGGGAGGUGUCAGACUGGGGGGGCUGCGUUCUGGUCCCUUUCUUUUCCAAUGAGCUCAAGCUGAGGACGGCUGAGUGCGUUACAGCACAGCACGGCAUCCAGAGGCGCAAAGUCCACUGUGUGCGCACAUCAAACCGCACCACGGUCACCCUGAGGAUAUGUGAGUUCUUUUCCCAGAAACCACCUGUGGAGCAGGCAUGCCUCAUCCCGUGCCCGCAGGACUGUGUGGUUUCAGACUUCACCUCCUGGUCCAGCUGCAGUAAAACAUGCGGCGCUGUCCUGCAGCAUCGGACUCGACAUGUGCUGGCCACGCCGAUGUACGGAGGUGCGAUUUGCCCCAACUUAACCGAGACCAGGACUUGUUCUAGCCUUGUUGACUGCCCUGCUGGGGAGGGCGAGUACCAGUACAGCCUUAAAGUAGGGGCCUGGAGCGAGUGCCGGCUGCCCCAUCACAAGGAUGCCCUGUUAAGUGGCAGGACCACAGUGGACUUCAGCACCAGCUCCGAUGAGAACAACACAGUCACGUUGCACACACAGGCUUCUCACCACCACCACCACCACCACUCCCAUCACCACCACCAACACCAUCCUCACGCGCACAAGUACCCCAUGUCAUGGGAACUGGAGGUGGGAUACCAGACGCGACAAGUCCGCUGCACACGGAGCGACGGCAAGAACGCUAUGCUGAGUCUGUGUACCAAGGACAACUCCCCCCUGACCUUUCAGGCGUGCGUGAUGCCCAAAGACUGUCAGACAUCUGAUUGGUCAUCGUGGAGUUCUUGCUCUAAGACCUGCCGGUCCGCCGACCUGUCUCCCGGUUACCGGCUCCGGUCACGGAUCAUGACGCAGAUCUCAGUCGGAGGGGGAAAACGAUGUCCUGCCCUUCAGGAAAAAGAAGCUUGCAACAUCAUUGGAGAUUUACUUCAAAACUGCCCCAGGUACGUGUGGAGGACCACCGACUGGGAAGAAUGUCGCAUCCUCCCCUUACUGAGCCAGCAGGACCGGCGGCUGGUGAACAUCAGUGAACUGUGUGGAAGGGGGAUCCAGACCAGGAAGACCUACUGUGUUCAAGUCCCUGAUAACUCAGCGCCACAUCACAGGAAGGAGGUGUCCAGGCCUGUGAAUGCCAGGCUGUGCGCUGGUGAAGAGCCCCCCUUGGCCGUCCAGCAGUGCUCCAUCCCCUGCCAGCACCGCUGCCUGCUGUCCCAAUGGUCACCCUGGGGUGCCUGUCUACACGACAACUGCAAAGAACCACAGGGGAAGAAAGGUUUCAGACAAAGGAGGAGAGAGGUGUUGUGGGAGUCCAGCAGUCCUCCGGAGACCUGCCCUCAUCUGGUGGAGUCCAUCCCCUGCGAAGAUCCCGCCUGCUACCUGUGGCAGGUCCAACUAGAAGAAAGAUGCAUUCCCAGUAAAAGCUCCUGUGGUCCUGGAUUUGCAGCCCAGAAUGUGACCUGUGUCAACUCUGAAGGGGACGAAGUGCCCGUCGCCCACUGCGUAGACGACCCCCCAUCCACAGAAGUGGCCUGCGAGGUGGCCUGUCCUGCAGACUGUGUGGUUGGCUCCUGGUCUUCCUGGUCACCCUGCUCUCACAGCUGUGCCACCAAGACAGCAGAGGGUCGACAGAGCCGAACUCGCACUGUGUUGGCCAUCCCAGGGAAAGGAGGCAAGGAGUGUCCGGCAGCUCCGGCCUUGGAGGAGUGGAGAGUCUGUAACGACCACCCUUGUAUGAUGUUCUACUGGGAGGCCUCAGCCUGGGGUCCCUGUAUUGAGGAAACCGUCAUGGAUCUCAAUGAGACCAGCUUGUUGAAUGGGACCGCUACAUGUGCCAUGGGCGUUCAGAUCCGCAAAGUAAACUGCAUGAAGAUGAACGUUGGACCUGUCACAAGUAAAAGGUGUUCAGAUUCUGCUCGCCCAGGAACCGUCCGACCCUGUUUGCUCCCCUGCAAGAAAGACUGCAUUGUGACACCCUUCAGUGAAUGGACGGCCUGCCCAUCAACCUGUAUGCAAGAAAAUACAACUGCCGCCACACAGUCUCGAUACCGAACCAUCAUUCAGAGAUCUGCUAAUGGAGGUCAAGAGUGCCCUGACACGGUGUACGAAGAGAGAGACUGUGAAUCACUUCCUGUGUGUCCCGUGUAUAGCUGGAGGACACACAAGUGGCACAGCUGUAGUUUGGUUCCAGACUCGGUUCGACGUGGGUUGUCCGGACCAGCAGAAGCCUGUGGAACUGGUUUAGAAACACGAGGAGUCAGUUGUGUUGGGGAGAGCGGUGAGUCGGCCAAUAUGACAGAGUGCCUGCGAUGGGCUGGCCCCUUGCCCCCUCAGAUCAGAGAGUGCCGGGUGGCUUGCAAGGAUGACUGCACUCUAACCGCCUGGUCCAAGUUCUCUGAAUGCGCUGGAUGUGGAAGCUCCCGCAGUCGCAAGUGCUCGCUCACAGGUCGCAGUAAAAAGAAGGAGCACUGCCUGAAUAAGGAGCUGUACCCUCUGGAGGAGACAGAGACUUGUCCCUGCGAUGAGUUUUUGUCCCAGCCCUAUGGGAACUGGUCUGCAUGCAUCCUCCCUGAUCCGUCAGCUCCGGGGUCCCUGCAGGGCUGGAUGAGCCACCGGGAGGUGAAGGAGUGCGGUCAAGGUCUGCGCUACAGAGCUGUGGCCUGCAUCGACCUGCAGGGACACCUGGUCGACCCAACAGCCUGUACGGACUCAGGCUACACGGUGGAGGUUUGCCACAUCCCUUGCCCCCUUGACUGUAAGCUCAGCGACUGGUCAGCCUGGUCAGCCUGCAGCGCGUUCUGUGGCAGCGGGUUAAAGAUCAGGUCCAAAUGGCUCAGGGAGAAAGCUUUCAACGGGGGACGCCCAUGCCCCAAGCUGGAUUUGAAAAAUCAGGCUCAGGUGUACGAGGCCGCGCCGUGCCACAGCGAAUGCAGCCAGUACGAGUGGAGGAUCGAGCCCUGGUCCAUUUGUACCAUCAACACGGUGGACGACCUGCCAGCCUGCGGGGAGGGAGUCCAAAGCCGCAAGAUCAGGUGUGUGAAACAGGGAGCAACGAGUGGGGAGAACAGCACGUUGGAGGACAGCCUGUGUGAUCAGGAGGAAAUGCCACCCAGAGCCCAGGUCUGCUUUCUGGCCUGCCCCAAAGACUGCGUCAUGGCACCAUGGGGACCUUGGAGCAGCUGCCCUCUGCAAUGUGACCAAGGAGCGGCGAGGAACAGGAGCAGACACAUCCUCCGCCUCCCGGCCUCGGAAAACUCGGCCUGUCCAGAGCUGGUCCAGUCAGAGCCCUGCGUCCUCAACAGCACCUGCUUCUCCUACCAGCACAGAGUCUCAGACUGGAGCACAUGCCAGCUGAGUGAAAACGCCAUCUGUGGCCAGGGUUCACGUUUGCGUCUUGUGGACUGUAUUCGCAGCGAUGGCAAGAUUGUGGAGUUGCAGAAGUGCGAGCAGUUCGGUCUGAUCAACACGUGGAGGCUGUCGGAGAGCUGCGUGGUCGACUGUCCUGUCAGCUGCAUGCUCUCCGAGUGGUCGCCGUGGGCGGAAUGUUCGCACACCUGCGGUAACCAAGGUCAGUCCGUGCGCACCCGGAGAAUCCUGCAGGAGGCUCACGAGGAGGGUCGUCCCUGUCCAAACCAGCUCACCCAGAUCAAGCCAUGUCCCAUAAGUCCUUGCUAUAGGUGGCUGCUGAGUGACUGGUCCCCAUGCACUGUCGAGGUUGCAGAGUGCGGCGAGGGGCUUCGGAGAAGGAGCCUGUCAUGUGUCGUCCACCGGGGCAACUGGCCUGAGUCUCCUCCUCAGCUAGUGGACGAGGAGCUUUGUGGAGACAAACUGAGGCAGCAGAUCCAACAGGAGAUGGAGCAGCACUGCUUCGUCCCCUGCCCAGGAGACUGUCAUUUGACGGUGUGGUCGUCUUGGAGCUCUUGCCAGCUGACCUGCCUGGAGGGGCGGAGUUUUGAGACAACUGGUCGCCAAGCUCGCUCCAGAGCUGUGAUCAUUCAGGUCAUGGAGAACCAGGGCAGCUGCCCACAUCAAGUCUUCGAGACCCAGCCCUGUAAAGGGGGAAAAUGCCACAGUUACCAGUGGAGGACGGGAGGAUGGAGCAACAAUGAGAGAGCGGUGUGGUGUCAGCGCUCAGAUGGUGUCAAUGUCACAGGGGGGUGUUUCCCACAGAAGAGGCCGACCACGGUCAGACACUGCCAUCCUCCGUGCACUAAACCCUUCUCGCACUGCACACCGAGUGGAGUGUGUGGGUGUGAGAAGGGUUACACUGAAGUGAUGACCACGCACGGUUUCUUGGACUACUGCACCAGAACCCCGGGGGUGGACAACAACAAGAAAGCUGAUGUGAAAACCAACUCUGGAAGAUUAAAACCCGGGCCGUCUCAGGCCCAGGACCUCUUCAGCGAGUGGACCUUACGACCUGUCGGCCCAGAUGGAAGAGUAAAGCUGUGGGUUUACGCCGUGACUGCAGUUGGAUUCAUCUUAAUACUCUUCAUUAUUGCAUUAUCGUUCCUGGUUUGCAAGCCAUCCAAAACCACCAAGACGUCUCUUCCCCCGCAGAAACCGCUGACCCUGGCCUACGACGGCGACAUGGAUAUGUAACGGGGCUGCUAUACCUCACAAGGACGCGCUCGGCCCUCGGACAGACUCACUGACUGCGUCCUGAUUGUUAGCAAGCACGUCCAUCACAUACCACUUGUUGAGCUGGGGUGACUAUUUGCUGUAGUGCCAAUUGUAUUGCAUAAAUGCAGCGGACAGAUAGCGACGAUCGCACCAGAUUUGCUGCUGAAGGGCAAUGUGCCCAGAAUUUUGGUUUCAGCCAACUUUUCUCCCCCUGAAGAAGAGGAACCAAAGCGGAACGUGGUGGAAAUGAGAGAAAAAGGUCUCUAGACAUAGGAAUUAAAUGGACCUCUAGUUUCUUUUUUCAACUGCUUGCAAUGUGAACACACAGUUGAAGCACUGUUUGCAAACCCACAAGUCACGAGGACUCCUAAAAGGCAAAGACAAAGUGGAGCCACGGGUGUUUCGAGUUUUUUUUGUGUGUCGAGAAUCAGAGGGACCAGCUGAUUAUUUGUCUUGUAUUUGUGUCGUGAGGGAGACAAAAACAUCUCGAGUCAACGGUCACUCGUGGCGUUCAAAGACGGAACAUCUGGCAUUUGACUUUGUCUCAUCAGUGCUGGAUCUUUGUAAAAGGAAAUGCCGCGCGCCUUUUGGGUAAACAAACAGCCUUUUUUUGAAUUUCUGAGAAUAAACAAGAUGCUCUAUGCACUACGUUAGUGCUGAUUCACUUUUGUUUUGUUUGUUUUUUUUCCUUUCAAAUGACUUUUCUAGUGUUUUAACUGUAAUGCAAGUUGUUGCUGUCGGAUUGUGUUUUGUUGAUGAUGCCAUACGUUGUGUAUAUGUGGAAACCAAAAGCAGGCUUGCCUUGAGUUUAACAAUACCAUGAUGCAGUAAUUUCUCCUCCCUGAUUCUCAUAAGACUCUCGACCACUGAGGACUAAAUUAAAAAGCAACCUCAAAAUCA